AUGGAAGAAAAAAAAAAUAACUAAAUGAAAAUUUUAAAUCCUUUAGAAAAAUUACUUUUCAAAAAAGUUCAAAUAGUUACUUCAGAUGGCAGAAUAUUAGUUGGUAUUUUAAAAGGUCUUGAUUAAGCACUAAAUUCAGUAUUAUCUGAAUGUACCGAAAGAGUUUAUUCAUUAGAAUAAGGAGUAUAAUUUAAUAAAAUUGGUUUAUAUGUUUUAAGAGGGGAUAAUGUAUGUUUAAUAGGAGAAUUAGAUGAAGAUAUUGAAUAAAAUAUAGCAUAUGAGAAUGUCAAAUGUGCACCUUUGCGUCCUAUUACUAAUUGA